AUGGUGACCAAAGACUUAGGAUGCCGUCACAUGAUUCAGACAUAUGAGGGCCUUCUCAUCCGAACCGACACCCGAAUCCAACUCAUCGAGCAAAUAAUCAACUACACCUUCACCAACCCCGCAACCAUCCAUGAAGCCCUUCGCACCCCAGGCUCCAUGGCAAUCCUCACCCCCCACCGGCUAGACGGACACAAAGACCUCGCCCAACUCGGCGACGCAGCCUUACGCUUAGUCCUUGCCAAAGACGGAUACCAAGCCCAUGCAACAAGAGCUAGGGGACCGCUUGCGCGAUCGUCCAGCAGUGAUAUCCCUUUCAUGCUAGCUGAUGAUUACAGUAUGGAUCUGCUGAUGUUGGGGUACUGUCGAGUGGUAUUCUGUGGGUGGUUAUGA